CCAGCAAAACGUGCCGUGUGCUCGUUUUCUCGCUAAAUGUGCGCCUUUUCGGUGAAAAUUUGCACAACGCGCGGCACUGCGCUUUUUUCUGAGUAUUUAUGAAGCUAACCGCAAACCUUUACCCAUGCCCACAGCUACUUUCUCCAACUUUGGACAAAGAAGAGCGCGGAUUUAAGCUAAUAAUCAGUGCGUAGAAACUUUAAAUGGACUUUAAAUGGGCUGACUCACCGAAGUUACCUGGAAUUAAUCGACUUUUAUCGACUUUUAAUGAAGCCACUGGAUUGGAAGGAUUUAAUUUCUUGUUUUUGAUGCCCGGACUCAGAGCUGCGCAGCAAAAAAUGUGACCACCUGCGUCUUGAGAAACACCUUCAUUUUAAAAACCUGACUUAAAAAACGACUUUUUUUUUAAAUCACACUUUUCCCCAAAAGAGAGAGGCAGUGGACCUUUAAAUUCGGUUUACAGGACGAGAAAAAAGAGGGUCAUCAAUGGAUUGAAGGAUUGUACUUUGAGCUCCAAGUACAAAAAAGUGCCUCAAGCAAGGUUGGGAGAUGUGUGAAGGAGUGUGAGGACGGCCAUGGGAUUGGAGAGCCGGUGGCUUCACGCUGUCGCCGUUGCCGUAGCCCUCUGUCUGCUGAGUGUGUCUCAAGGUUUGGCGUCGCUGGUCCGUGCCAGAGUCGGGAGCUCUGCCGAGCUGGGCUGCAAUCUCACCCCUUCUGCCAAAGGAGCCACCACCCCAAACCUCUUCCCUCUGCAUGUGGUGGAGUGGGUGCGCCUCGGUUACAGUGUUCCCAUCCUCAUCAAAUUUGGAGUUUAUGCUCCACGGGUGCAUCCAAACUACAAGGGCCGUGUAUCUCUGACCCGGGGUGCCUCUCUGCUGGUGGAGCGGCUGACCCUGGAAGAUGAGGGCUGGUUCGAAUGCCGCAUCCUUUUCCUGGAGAGUAAAACGGACGAGUUUCGCAACGGCACAUGGACCUUCCUCUCCAUCACAGCACCACCUGUGUUUAUCAAGACCCCGCCGACAUUCGUGGAGGUUCUGCUUGGAGACUCCUUGACUCUCAGCUGUGGAGCCCACGGCAACCCUCGACCAACUGUCGUCUGGCAUAAAGAUGAGAGCCCAGUUGAGAAGCAUGAAAAAAUAAAGGUGCUCAAUGGUACCUUGUCUUUGGCCACUGUUACAAGAAAUAUCACAGGAGUGUACAAAUGUCACGUGUCCAACUCAGAGGGGAACCUGACCCAUUCUACCCAGCUGCAGGUCAAAGGUCCUCCAAUCAUCAUCAUCUCACCAGAGGACACCACUCUCAACAUGUCCCAGGAUGCAGUUCUGCAGUGCCAGGCCGAUGCCUACCCCUCCAAUCUCACUUAUGAGUGGUUGAAACAAGGGCAGAAUGUUUACCAUAUUGAGUCCCUUAAGUCCAGAGUCAAGGUUUUGGUGGAUGGCACACUCCUUAUCCCUAAUCUCAUCCCAGAAGAUGCCGGCAAUUACACCUGCAUUCCGACUAAUGGGAUUUUGACCCCACCCUCUGCUUCUGCACAUCUGAAAGUGAAACAUCCUGCGCGAGUCGGCCGAAUGCCUAGAGAAACAUAUUUACCAGCUGGCAUGGAGGGGGUCAUUGUCUGCCCCGUCCAAGCUGAUCCCCCUCUGCUUUACGUCAACUGGACCAAAGAUGGGGACAGUUUGAACCUUGACAAUUUCCCAGGCUGGAUGGUGAACUCUGAGGGCUCAGUCUUCAUAGCUACUGCCAACGAUAAUGCUGUGGGCAUGUAUACCUGCACUGCCUACAACAGUUAUGGCACCAUGGGUCAGUCUGAACCUACCCAAGUCAUUCUGCAGGACCCCCCGUCAUUUCAAGUUUCACCGCGACCUGAGUAUCUGCAGGAGGUGGGCAGAGAGUUGAUUGUUCCCUGUGAAGCUAACGGAGACCCUGCCCCGAACAUAACUUGGAGCAAGAUUGGCCCUACUCCUCUCUCUCCAUACACUGUGUUGGCUAAUGGCUCCCUCCUGCUGCAGCCACUCAGUAAAGACCACCACGGGGGCUGGGAGUGCCUGGCUACAAAUCGUGUUGCCACUGUCAGUGCGGGCACUGUAGUCAUGGUGCUGGGCACCAGUCCUCAUGCUGUGUCUUCAGUGUCUGUCACCACUGAGAUGCACCAGGCCAAUGUGUCUUGGGUGCCUGGCUUUGAUGGUGGAUACACCCAGAAGUUUACUGUUUGGGUCAAGCAGGCAUCCAGAGGGAAACAUGAAUGGGCAUCUUUGCCUGUCCCCACAUCCAAAAACAACCUGCUGGUGACUGGGUUACUGGCAGGCACCAGCUACCAGUUCAGUGUCCUACCUCAGAAUAAACUCGGCUCCGGACCCUUCAGCGAAAUUGUUUCUGUGCGAACUCAAGCUGUGCCAACGUACGCACCACCAGUGGUCACAGCUCUCCCAACCCUGGACCCUCCCAUAUUCCUGUCAGCCAACCGGACUGGUCAAGGCAUUCUCCUGCAGUGGUCACCCCCUGAAGCCCUGUCCUCUCCACUGACGGGCUUCGUGCUACAGGCCCGCAGGGACCAGGGUCAGUGGGUCAUCCUCAGCAGCAAUAUCAGUGCCAACCAGAGUGAACUACUAGUGCAAGGACUAUUGAGGGACUCCAGUUAUGAUCUGAGGCUAAUGUCUCGUAGCAACAAAAUACUCAGUGAGCCCAGUGAAUCUGUUUAUGUGUCCACCCUGGGUAUGGAAAUAUACCCCCUGCGCCCAAGUUUCCUGGAGUUUGUUCCUGAACCGCUGUUGGCUGGUGUGUUGGGUGGGGUGUGCUUCCUGUUUGUGGCUAUCAUCCUCUCCUUGGUGACAGCAUGUUUUAUGAGUCACAGAAGACAACGUCGACGCAGAAAGAGAAGAGAAGAUCUCCCCUCUGCCCUCCAGAAGAGUCCAUCUUUACAAGCUCGCUCGCCUUCUCACAGCCCCGACAGUGUCCUAAAGUUGAAGCUGUGUCCUCCCCUUCCCUUCUUCCCCAACUCCUCCUCCUCGCAGUCUGAUCGUUCCUCCUUUGACAAAGGCAGCCGUGGGGAAUACCAGGACCAGCGGAAACAACUCCUGUCCAAUUCAUCUCCACCACCUCAUUACACUCUCUUUGAGAGUCACCUCGGGUCUCAGGCCCCCUCACCAACUGCUCUGGAGUCCAUCUCUAGAGGCCCAGAUGGACGCUUCAUCGUCAAACCCUUGCCAGAGGGUUCCAGCCCUUCCAAUAAGAAAAACUUGAAGAAGGACAUCCUGCAAAGUAAUGGUGGUGCAAGUGGCACUGGGAGCAACCGGACAUCAUUCAGGGACUCUCCAAAGUCAAGCAUCUUGAGCUCUGACAAGGAAGAGAGAAAAGAAUCCCCACUUACUGUGGAUGUCCCCGAGUUGAGCAGGCCCCCCUCUUCCCCUGGAAGAGUAAAAGCCAUGGCCAGAAACUUCUCUCGUCAUGGUUGCUUCUACUCCGAUGACGAACAGGGUUCAGAGGCCCUCUUAGAAAGGGCCAGCUUCUACUCAGACAACAGUGAGAAAAAAACAAGUGAUUCCCUAAGAAAAUACCGUAUACCUGGCCACGCUGAAGAUCUGUUUCCUAGUUUGGGUAGGAGAACCAGGCUGUUGGAUAGAGACAGAGACAGACCACACCAUUCCAGCUACCAGCCUAUGGACAGAGAGAGCCAGCUAACUAAUGCCAGUACCCUGAUCUCACAGCUUGACAGUGAGCUGGAGAGGGACAGCAUUAGCAAAUGUGUCAAAUUGGCAAAGGAAAGGGAAGAAAUAGAGAGGAAGCUGGAAAGCUAUACCACCAAUCAAAGGACUCGAGGGCACGGGAGAGAGGAGUGUCUGUCCAAUAAGACAGAAAGUCCUCACAGAGAUGUGGCCAGGUCAGAGGAGGAACCCAUAUGGAAACCACAAGACAUUACCUUUAGACAAAAACACAGGUCCUCAGGUCAGACAAGUCGGGUCUCUGACUAUAGGAGAGCCUGCUACUUUGGGAAUACAAGCAGUCCUAUGGACCGGCUCCCUACCUCUUGUAUACAGUGGGACAUUAGCCCUGUUUCAUCUGUCACCAGCAUCAUUCCAAUACAAAGUCGACGGGAAACCACCUCACCCAGGUCCCAACAUCCUCACACACGUGGUCGGGAAACUACAGAGGACUCACUCCCUGUUGACUCGUCUCACUCUCCAGUUACCCAGAACACCCUGCUCUCCCCUAGCAUUACCUCAGAAAGCCCACCUGUUCUUUGUCUAGGAAAGUCAGACAGAGCCAGGUCAGAGAGUCCUGGCGGAGAACCAGAUAUAUGUCAUAAGAGGUCCAUGGCUGAGGAGGUCUGGAGGGAAAAGGCAGAGGAUGGAGGCGCUGCUUUAAGGCCAAGAACCUCAUAUGGUUAUCGUACUCAGCGUUGGGACUCGAAUGUCAGAACUCCACCAGUAGAUAGUGACAGGUCGGCAAGUCCAGCUCAGCUUCACACUGAUGCUGCAUUAUUUACUCAGCCUGUGAGAGAAGUGGAAACAGAUUUUACAGAUAGAAGGGAUCCUAGUCCCUCCAGUUAUUCUACCUUACCUUAUGGAAAGAAUAAAGUAGGGCCAAAGGCCAAAGAUAGAGAGGAUCAUGGCAGGGAUGACCGCAGGAGUUCAGGGUUUUACACUGACUUAGAGAGAGAGGGGGUGAGAACACGCUCCAGGAGGAGUGAUAAAUGUAUUUUCUCAGAUAGCCCCAGCCCUAUCUCUUCAUUAACUCUUGUAGAGGAGUGUGAGAGUGACCAGUCCCAAUUUUCUGUCCCCAGAAUGUCAGAGUCCUUCAAGGCCAAGCCUGCAGCCCCAUCUCCCAAAAUGUCCCCACUGCAGACAAGUGCAAUUCUUGAAUACUUAAGCCUUCCAGGUUUCAUUGAAAUGAGUGUGGAUGAACCCGUGGAUGAAGGAGUCGCAGACACCACUGCACAAAGUUCAGAAAUAAAGCCAGAACAAUCUCUGGUGGCAAGGCCAGAUGUCGUUCCUCGGAACUGGGAAGUUUGUGUUCAGGAAAACCCAGAAAAAGACUCAAGCCAAAAGACAGUUUCCUUUGAGAAAACUCAUUCUGUCAGGGCUGCAGAGUCAAGUUUAGAUGCAAAUAAAAAGCCAGAUUUAAGACACUCCCUACAAGUGGAAUCUAGAGAUUCAGCUCUCAAAGUGAGAUUUCCAGAUAAGACAGAACUAACAAGCAAGCAACUUUAUCACGAGAAAUCAAGGGUUCCUGUAGGGAACAGCACUAAAACCACAGACUGGCCUCAGUCAAGACUUGGGUCCAGCUCAGCCCACACUUUGUUUAGUGCAGCUAAAGGUAUGGCAGAUAUAGUGUCAAAACAUUCUCAGAGUUUUGUUGACAGUUGUGAGUCUGUCACAGAGCAAUCCCAAAGACAAACUUCUCAGGGCAGCAGGACUAAUAAUAUUGCAUCACGAAUAUGUCAAGCCCCUGUGCCAUUUCUGAAGAAAUCAUUAAGCAUAGGUCCCUGUAGAACCCUCUCAGGUAUGGGACAGCCUCGUCCUUUCCUCAAGAAAUCCAUCAGCUUAGGCUCACAAAAAUGGGAACACUUUGAGAGUCCAAGGACAUACAUCUCAGAGAAAUGUUACUGGGAUGAGUUUCCAAACCCAGAUGCCAGACUGAAGUCCUAUAGUUUGGGUCGCAAUCCGUCUUCCCUUCCCAGGCCAGGCCCCUCCUGGAGGGAGUAUGUCCCCUUCAGGCGCCCCAGCUUUGGGAGCUUGGAGAGACCUCACCAUGCACAAAGAUCUUUAGCUAGCCCUUCCUACCUCACUCCUUGUAUGUACCCACCCAGACAAACCUCAAUCUCCACUAGGUUGGAACCCUCCGAUCCACGCCGACAAGCCACUGUUUUCCCAGAGUCCUCCAGGUGGCCUGCCACUUAUCAGGACACCCUUAGGUCUGCUCAGCAUAAAUAUGUCCCCAUGCCCUCCUCUAUUCCUGUGACGCACUACCAACACAGGCCAGGUUCCAGAAUGGAGAGUGUGAGACCCAUGGACCCCAGGAGAGGCCCUCCCAGAUCAUACUUGCCCAGGGGUAACAGCUGGCCCUCACCCUACCAUGCCCCUUUCCCAGCAAGAGAGGUAGAGAGUCACAGAGAGACAGAAAGGGUGUUUGGGAGGGGAGGGGAGACUGAGCUCCGGGAGGGCAGAGAGGGAGGGAGGGCCAGCUACGCUAGCCAAAGUAGUGGCAGGGGUAGUGCGGGUUUCCUCCGACAGUCACUGUCCAUCACUCCCACCCUCCUCAGCUCCCCCGAAACCACAGAAGAGAGCGAGCGCCACAGAGCUGAGAUGGAGCUACGAAGAGCGAAAAGAAGGAACACAUCAGUAGAUGAGAGUUAUGAGUGGGACUCUGCUGAUGCCUGUGUGGACUCGGAGGUCCUGGAGGCCAUAAAGUUUGAUCGUUCACAAAUGGGUUUUGGGAAGGUCACUGGGGAGCUCAGAUAUGAUCGAGCUCCCUCUGCUGAUGGCCUCCAGGACCAACAGAGGAAAGGCCCGUCUCCCUCAAUCAGCCCACAAGUUUCCAACCCACCUCGUUGCCAGUACAGCCGCUCCCUAAGUGAGGCGCGUUUCAACGCUCUCCGUCUGGAGUACCAAGAGUACAGGCGGGCUCAAGAAAGCACCUGUUCUCAUGAGCCCGGCCUCACCCCUGGUCCUGAUUCAGACUCUGACUCCAGCUCAGCACUGCUCUAGCAGCUUAUCUUGGUAAGGAGAAGAAAGAAACCAAAUAGUAAUUUUUAAUGCACGGAAGACAGCACUGUGGUCCUGGACAAACUGUUUCAUAUUAAUGGAGCUUUGUUAUAAUGAAAAACCUCACUUUUUAUCCUUAUUUGAGCCUCUGUUACAACAUACUAAAGCCUAAGUAAAUUAAAGAGACAAUACCUAUAUGCUAUAUGCCAUCAGUUGUCACAGACUACAACUACUCAGUUGUCCUGAUCUCACAGAUGAUACUUGUUAUUCAACUGAAGCUCUUAAUAUAUGUUGGAUAUUCAUUUUUGUAACUUUUCCAAUGUGCUUUGGAUGGUAAAGCUGAGAAGGGAUUAUUUAUUUUUCAACAAAGCAAGUACAAUUGUGUUUUGGAGCUUUUGGUAUUCCUUGACAAUCAGACACAGAAGCCCCCCACCCCCACCCCCAUCACAGACCUGUUUACACAAAGUUUCCAACAGCAUGCUUUAUAAAAGCAGGAGGAUGCUAUAGAUAUUUGAGUUGAAAUUUAAUGAUGAAUUUGUAGGUCUGUGGUCCAAGAUAACAACUGCUUCUGUAAACAUUUAUAUCGGUAAAAUUGUCUAUGCUCCCAAUGAUUGGUACUUGGCACCAACAUUUUACCUUUAAAACCACACCCUCCCAUUGUAAAUGGUAUAAGCACUCAAAAAAUGAGUCCUACAUGCUGUAUUUCCAUAAGUAGGUCACCGGUAUAAACAUUGACCAUCUGCUGUAAUUAAAAUGUAUUUUUUGUUGCUUUGAUUUUCCAUAUUUCAUAGUUUUAUACAUCAUACCAUUGCCCUCCAGACACUUUCUAAAUCUAAUCACUUAAAAUAGCAUCCCAGUAUUCUGUUAAAUGUAUGUACAGAUGUUUAUAUGUGCCCAAGUGUCAGUGAACCUUGCCCUUGUAUAUUUUACAUUAGUAUGUGUACCAUUUUAAUCAAAUGCUACUUUUAAUCAAAUGUUACUUUGCUCCACCUGAAUUGGUCAAGCCUCUUCUGUAUAUCUAAAUCACAAAAGCUAAAACUUGAAAAGCUACAGAGAGUAUCCUUUGUGAAGGGAAAAAUGAAUUUUUGCCUUAUCUUUGUAAAUGUCAGAAAUAUAUAAGUUGAUUGACCAGAGAAAAGUUGAGCUCACAAGCUGUAACAAAACUUGAUUGAUCACAGAAUAAAUGAGUUCAUGUGUCCCUUUUUUUGUAAUGUAAGUUCUGCCAGCAUGAAUGAGGAUUUCUGUGUAUUUAUUAAGGUGGGUGAUGAUAUGCAACAAUGUUUACAAUUCACACUAUUGAUGUGAAGGCAGCACUGUGAAUAUUUCAUUAACUUGACUUCUAGUUCUGUGUUUGAAUUGCAAGUCUUUUGUUACUAAUUUUAUGCCCAUCAGCCUACUGAUUGUUUUAUUUUUUUCUACAAGAUGACAAAACUUGUACUUUACCUGGCAAAUUGUUUUACAAUGACCGAGAGAGAUUAGAAGAUCAUCUUUAACUUUUGUAGCUACUGUACACUUUGGAAAGAGUCAACAUUUGUAUUAUAAUUAAAUAACCUGGCUGGAAAUCUUCAUAUGGAGUGAGUGCACAUUUCAAAUGGUGGAUGUUUUGUACAAACUGGAAAUUUUUAUAUCUUGUCACAUGGUUGUUUUUGUCAUUUUUGUUAUGUUUUAUAAUGAAUAAAUUGAUUUAUUCUGAAUGGGCCAGA